GUCGCUUGUCUCAAAAAAAAAAAAAGGCUGGGGAGGUCUCGCCCUUUCAAAAGUCCCCUCCCCGUCCAGUCUUCUCCAUUCCCCAUCUACAAACCCUAGAUCCCGUGCCAUCCCGUUCCCUCCCCCCUCCUAGAAAAGGACAAACCCUCGUACAGAGAGCAGAUCAGAUCUGAGUAGCGCCGAGGCUUCCGGGAUGGAGAACUUCAGGAUGGACGACGACGACGAGUUGUUCCACCGCUACGACCCUGAGGUGCUGGCCGCCAACGGCAUCGAGUACCCCCCCGACGAUACUAGGAUGCGCAUGAAGUGGUGGGCUUUUCUGAUGCAAGUGGAGGGUAAUUUGAGACCUACAAAUAUGUCGGUACCUUCGGCAAAGAUCAUCAGGUACCCAGAUCAAAUGGAGAAGGCAUGGGGAUGGUGGAGGCUGCUGCCCAUCUAUCAGGGCCUCGGUUCGGACAUGCCCCUCUACCGGGAGUACCUCUGCGAGUACUACCUCCGCAAUCCUCCUGAAUCUGUCGAUGACUCUGCCUGUACUAGGCACAAGUUUGUGGUCCGAUCUGCAUGGACAAAUGAGAAUGGCCGUCUCAUUCCUCUCGCCCGCAAGUGCCUGGAGAUGGAGGCCAAGUUCAUCGGUCUGUGUGAGAGGAACAAGAUAAAAUUAACUGACACUGAGACUGCCCUGAGCCACAAAAUCAAGCAGCAUGCGCAGGACAUAGUUGAUGGAGCGUGUGAAUAUGCUGGUGCAUAUGCUGCCGCUGCUGCUUUGGUGUGUAUCUGCAAAGAGGCUGAGUUGAUGUGCGAGAGGGCUAUGUGCGGGAGAUACAACUCUGGUAACAUGACUUGCAUGCUCUGCAAUCAGAUCAGAGAGCAUGCCAUCAGUCUUAUGUUGUACAAAGGGUCUGGAUCCGUCGCCGCCGCUGCUGGUGCCGCCAUGGUGGGCGCUGCAAAGGAGGCCAAGCUGUUACGUGAGAAUCUGAGCAAUCUAGGCUGUGACGAAGAAAUGUCUGUUUCCAUUCGGGAGGAAGCCUGUUGCAUUCUGCAGGACAUGCACACUGAAGCUUUUGGUGCUAAUGGGAAGAACAACAUUGCUGCUGCUGCUGCUGCUGGAGCAGAUAUAUCUACUAGGCACGGAUCAGCACUGUUGGGAAUUUGACUUGUACUGCAGCUAAUAACAAGAAAGAGCUAGGAAGUAAUGGUUGUACAGAAUGGAAUGAUGAUAAGGAAAACAUGGAGAGUAGUAAUGGGAACAACAUUGUUGCUGCUGCUGCUGGAGUAGGGAAAUCUUCAAGGAUCAGAGCUCUUGGGGACUUGACUUGUACUGCAUCUAGUGGCAAGGAAGAUAAUAAGAGGACACUUAAGUAAUGGGUGCACAGAAAUGAAUGAUGCUAAGGAAAACAUGGAGAAUGUGAAUCAGAAGACUGGGGCUUUAUGCCAGCCUGAUGCUAAUCUUGUUUGGCUUUAUGCCAGCCUGUUGCUGUUCUGAUGGUUGAUAAUUUUCUCCUCUGGGAUGCUGUCAUCCUGAAGACAGUAGAAUGUAUUGAAUGACCCACUCAAAUUUACUGCCUCGUGUUUCUCGUUCUGAGAUCGGGGUUCAAAAGAUUGUUAUAUUAGGUGAAACAGAUUUUGAUUAAGACUGUAUAUAUUCUUCAUUGAUAAAGGCUUGCUAACAUUGUUGCCCGUUAGCACAUUUUGAUAAAGGCCUGUAUAUAUUCUUCAUUCAUCUUGUCGGGGUUCAGAAGGACUUAGUAAUUGCUCUGCCUAAAGAUGUCAAAAAUAGUAGGUUAGUGGAAUAGUAGAUACAAUUUGUUUUUUGUGCCAAUUUGACAUCCUUUAAAUGAGUGUUGCUGUUCGGUGGACUUUGUUUAAUAAUAAUAUAUUGAUGACUUGGCCAGAAGAUUGUAUUUUCUCCCACAGUAACAAUUGAUAAGAUUUUAGUAAUGCCAUAUGCAAAUUUUCUCCCUCAGCACAACUAUCAAAACGUUGUAGUUUUUCUCUGCUUUUCCACAACUUGUUGACAUGCUAAUGGUAUCAACUUCUGCAGCAGGCCAAACUAGAAAAGGGAGAGAAGUGGAAGAGGAUGGCUAACUUGACGUGGGCUGAUGGUUGUGGUGGAACUUAGUUGAGAUGGUCUUUUAUAGUUGUGAGAUUGUUCUUACGGACCGUACUACUCUGUUUCCUUCAGUACCUAUUGGAUUGAUGCGAUGGACCAUAUUUUGAACCUGCUUGGUUUGUAAUCAAAUCUGGGUAAUAUUAGCGGUCCACCUUUGGAACUGAAGUUAUGAUUUACUCCCUC